GCUCCUGCAGGGUAUCAGCAGGCAUUUCGUCAUACUAGAACCAUUACUACCAUCCCGAGAUACCUCGCUCUUUUCGCAGGUCUGGUCCUCAUCUUAUCACUCAUUCCAGUCAUUGAUUUUUCUUCAUCCCAAAUCACCAUGGCUAGCGACGGGUACCGCUCAGUUGCCUAUUUUGUCAACUGGGCCAUCUAUGCCAGAAAACACAGGCCGCAGGAUCUUCCCGUUGAGAAGUUGACGCACGUCCUCUAUGCAUUUGCCAAUGUCCGCCAAGAUACCGGUGAAGUACACAUGACAGAUGGCUGGGCAGACACGGAUAUUCACUGGGAGGGCGACUCGUGGAAUGACACGGGCAACAACAUGUACGGAUGCCUCAAGCAGCUGAACCUCCUCAAGAAGCGCAACCGCAACCUCAAGGUUCUGCUCUCCAUCGGCGGCUGGACCUACAGCGGCAACUUCAAGGGCCCGGCCAGUACUCAGCAGGGCCGUGAGACGUUUGCCAAAUCCAGUCUCGAGCUGCUUAAGAAUAUGGGCUUUGAUGGACUCGAUAUCGACUGGGAAUACCCUCAGAAUGCAGACGAGGCCAGAAACUUCGUCGAGCUGCUCGCCACCGUCCGCAGAGAGCUGGAUGCCUACUCAGCCACGCUGCCCAACUACAGCCACUUUGAGCUGACUGUUGCUUGUCCGGCGGGACCUACGCACUUCCAGAAACUCGAUGUUGCCGGCAUGGAUCAGUAUCUUGAUUUCUGGAACCUGAUGGCGUACGACUAUGCGGGAUCAUGGGACCAGACGAGUGGCCACCAGGCGAAUCUCCAUCCCUCUUACGAUAACCCUGCGUCUACGCCGUUCUCUACCGACGCAGCCAUUGACUACUACACCAGGAGCGGAGUGGCUCCCAGCAAGAUUGUGCUCGGCAUGCCCAUCUACGGCCGCGCUUUCGAAAAUACGGAUGGCCCGGGCAAGCCGUACAGUGGUAUUGGCGAGGGAUCGUGGGAGAAUGGCAUCUUCGACUACAAGGUGCUCCCUCUUCCGGGCUCUCAAGAGUUCUGGGAUGAAGCCAUCGGUGCAAGCUACUGCUACAACCCACAGACUAGGAAGCUUGUCUCAUACGACACUCCCUAUGCCGCAAGAGCCAAGGCUCGAUAUGUCAAGGAAUGGGGUCUCGGAGGCGGCAUGUGGUGGGAGAGCAGCGCGGACAAGGAGGGCCAUGAGAGCUUGAUUGGCAUUGUCGUCAAUGAAUUUGGAGGCCCAGGCGGAUUGCAGAGGAAGGAGAACUGCGUCGACUAUCCGCAGUCCAAGUAUGAUAACCUGAGGAACGGGUUUCCGAACAAUUGAGGCGGAUCAAGGACGCUUGAGCCGCUGCUAUUGAGAUAGUAUGACAGAUAUU